CGGGGUAACGUGUGCAUUAACGUAGAGUUGGCGUGCUUUCAUGGCUGACUUGUUGUGAUUCUCCGGUGUGUUUGACCGGGAAAUACGCCGAUUUCUACCCAAAGACAGACUCAAACUAGACUAUCAAAAGAAAUAUUAGUGUCGGAAAAGAUAUAGAAUCAUGACGGCAUUCUUACCACCCAAUUUACUGGCGUUAUUUGCGCCGCGGGACCCAUUGCCAUUCUUACCCCCAGUGGAAAAGCCGCCGCAUUAUGCGGGACACAGUUACGGUGGAGCAGCAAGCUAUCUUGGUGAAUUUGAGGACCCAAAAGACACACCACCACCGACAAGAGUUGAGACAAAAGAUGAAAGAAAAGAACGCAAAAAUAAAGAACGUGCUGAACAGAUUGCCUACAAACUUGAGCAAGAUUUAGCUCUGUGGGAUCCAUCGAACAAUCCUCAGGCAACCUCGGACGCCUUCAAGACACUCUUUGUAGCAAGAAUUAACUAUGACACCAGCGAAUCAAAGCUUAGGAGAGAGUUUGAAGUUUAUGGCCCCAUCAAGACGAUCAAGAUUGCCACAGACAAGGACACUGGUAAACCACGCGGGUAUGCCUUCAUUGAGUAUGAACAUGCCAGGGACAUGCAUUCUGCGUAUAAACAUGCCGACGGCAAGAAGAUUGAUGGACGACGUGUGCUGGUCGAUGUGGAGCGUGCGAGGACGGUGAAAGGUUGGAGACCAAGAAGAUUAGGAGGGGGACUAGGGAGCACAAGGAAAGGCGGACCUGAUGUGAACAGUCGCUAUUCUGGCCGUGAUGAUAUGAACAGGAGCCGCUCGCGCAGCCCUGACAGGAGACGUCGUCGCAGCAGGAGUCGUGAGCGUCGCAGGAGUCGUAGCAGAGAUCGUAAGAGGAGGAGUCGUAGCAGGGAGAGGACUGACAGCAGGGCUGACGGCAGACGAGGUGGUCGCGAUGAGGAACGCGACGAGAGGCGUCCUCGUGGAGAGGAAGAGGAUGUUGCUCCUCGUAGACGCGGCCGCGAUGAAGAGGAAGAAGCACCACGUCGUCGACGUAGAAGUCGAUCCCGUGACCGUGAACGUCGUCGAAGCAGGUCGCGUGAUCGUGAACGCAGGCGUCGCCGCAGUCGUUCGAGAGAGAGGAAACCACGUGGUGGUGAUGAGAUUGUCGCUAAGCAAGAGAAGCACUAUGCUGAGGAAGGUGAAUAUGGCUACGAGGAUAACGGUAAUGAUGCUAACGGUGAGGAAGAGGGACAAUAUCGUGAGACAGAGAUGAAGGUGGAGAAGUUCCAGGAUGACUUUGAGGGUGGUGGCAAGACUGAGUAUGGACAGUAUGGUGAAGGUGAUCAUUGAGGUGUGACUGGAGCCUGGCACACAAGCAACCAGAUGGAGAGUGACAGACAACCUGGAAAUAGACAACUCAAAGUUGACCUGAUCUGUUCCUGUCGCCUUCUCAUUCUCCAGUGUGUUCUGUAGUUCAGUGUGUCUUUGGUUAAGGUGAGAGUGGUCACUUGACAAGGAUAGUCGAGGAAACUUCUCAGCAACCUUUGUGUGAGACAUGUGUUGAUGUACAUUACAGGCCAGGGAAUUGUAUUUCUCUUGUCUCUGCUUCUGGCAUUUGAUAAAGUAACUCACUAGAUCAUGUGGCCUUCUCUUACCGCAAUUCUUGUAAGACUUGCAAUGAUGUGUUCAAUGUUAGUGCCGAUUGGCGCAGCAUGUAGGAAAUCAUGUGUGCACCGGUUUGAUCAUUAUGACCCGUCAAAUUACACAUUACGUUUUGGAACUCAUACGAAUAGCUUGCAAACUGAGGUCGGUUAUCUCCCUGCCAUCAUCCAGAACAUCGGCAUCAUGGUAGGUGAGUAACAGGAGCCUUGGUACAAGGCAUUGGCAAGUAUGUCUGAUGGUGGUUGGGGAAACCUGCUGAGUGACAUGUGGUGAAGGUCAGUGUAUAACCAAUGUUGAAAAUCUACAAUGGUGGAUGUUUGAUAGAUUUGACUUGGCAGUUUUAUCUCGCUUACAAUCAUGUGUCACUUUUCAUUGCUUCUUUACCUCUUUUAUGCUCACUAUUAUGAGGUACUUCUAGAUGUCUCCACAGUAUGUUUUUCAUUGCCAUCUCAUAUUGUGUGGGGAGUUACAGAAGCAGUAAACUCUUUUCUCUUACUGAGCCUAGUGGGUCAUACUUCUCUCCAAGACAAGCACAUAAGUACUUAGCCUGUGUAUGCGUAUAGUAGUGAAGGACAUUCAACAUUCCUGUAUACACCCUUAUCAUAACCUUCAACGUAGAACAUGAGGCUGUUUCGAUAGAGCCUGCACAGUAAAUGUGCCAUCCGGGUCAUCAAAAACUCAUUGCUUCAAAGUACUUUGAAGUAAUGAGUUUUUGGUGUCAUGCUGAUGGGUGAUGGAAGUAGGAUUAGGUGUCUCAGUGUUGAUCGCCACAGGUGGAUUGGUGGAACUCCAAGCACCAGGUUUUAUGAUAUCGGUUAUUGACAGUGCUAUGGAAUUCAGUCUUUAUAAAAUGAUGGCACUGUGUUUGCUGCCUAUUGAUGAAGCCAAAUGUUUAUGCUUGUAAAUAUCAUGAAAAAUGUGCAAAAAGAGUUGUGUGCAUUCGGUUAUGGAAAGUGUUUUGUCUUGUGUCCUGUAAAUCAAUUCUCAAACUCAUCUCGUUAAUUUGCUCACAGAUUGAAAUGCUCUGACUGCAUUCUUCUCAAAGUUUUAAAUUGUACAGAAACCAAGUUUUAAAUGAAGCGAGUUCUCCGGGUUCUGUUAACUUAGCAAAUACUUUCAAACCCGCCCUGGUUGUGUGGAUAGGAAGUCAGUAAUGAAUUUAAAAGGUUAUUUAGCUCACCUCCUGGUAACAUUUACUGUCUUAGUGAUCAGGUUGGGUAUAUGAGAAUGUAUGCACGUUGUAACCUUAGUAACAUCAUGUUCUCUCUGCUCGGAUUUAUAAGAAAACAAUAAAAUCAUCAA